AAAGAAAACACACGUGUGUUGGAGUGUUCCGCAAGGGUUUUCCUUAUCGUUAUCCUUGUGCAGUGUGAUUUCGGAAGAUCUUCAAUUCGUUCCAUAACUGUAUCCUGUGAAAAUGCGGCAUUUUUGACAAUCGUGAUCCGUCGUAAGUAGCCCGAUUGGCAAAGUGCAACGUGCUUAAAAGAAAAGAGAGAGACGCUGCAAGAGAGACGCGUUACCGGAGUUCGUGCGAAGAAAGUGUGCAGAAAGGCAGCAUGGUGACGACACCGAGCGGUCUUAGCCGUUUGCAGCGAUCGGGCCAAACGUUAGAGGUGGUUUAAGAAAGGCCCGGCAUGAUGAUAGCAGCCCACUAGCAGUCGCAGUACGGCAUCGAGUGCAGUCGGAGGCCUUCGAACAGAGCUCGCGGAAACGUGUACCCGGCACAGUGGACAAAACAAGUCGCAAAAAAGUUGGUUACACCCGGUUCGGCUUCCCAGCAAAGGCACUAAGGGCUGCAAAGCCCACACUGUUGCAUCCGCAUCGAAUCGUGCCAGUCAACGACUCCACGAGGUUGUUGCAAACGAUUCGCGCAAUAGAAACAUUAAAAACCGGUCCCACCGCACAUUGUACCGCACUCGAACGACGGCGGACGAAAGCAGUGAGAUUUUAAAAGCUUUCACCGCGGGACGCGGAUCGAAAGAGCGAAAAGAGUGAUCAGCUUCGCUUUGGAAGCGUCCGUGCUCCGUGCUCCGUGGAAAACGACACCCCAUCGUGAGUGAAAUUAUUGGUGAAUGUUCUUAGUACCAAACAGCUUCUUGGUGUGGUUGAAAUCGGCAAAACGUACCAUCAUGUCCAACACGACCGGAUUUUUCGAUGAGAUCGAGGAGAAUCUACAGUGCGUCGGUGGAACGACCGGUGCCGUCGCGUUGACAGUGGCAGCCGCGGCUGUAACCUACUACUAUUCGACCAGACCAGUACCGGAGAAACCACUAGUGCCUCUAGAUAAUCAAUGUCCAAUAGAAGACGGCCCGGAUCAGGUACACGUUUCCAAGUUCUACAAGGAAGCGAAGGACGGCAAAUACGUCAGCUGCCUCGAGGAUGACGUGCGAACCCUGUACCAGUCCUUCCGCAAGGGUGCCCAUAUGUCAAACAAUGGACCUUGCCUCGGCUGGCGAGAAAAUCUACAGUCACCAUAUCAGUGGAUGAACUUCAAUGAAACGCUACUGCGCGCAAAGAACUUCGGAUCCGGAUUGAUCUCGCUUGGUCUGCGACCCGGUCCGAACACGUACAUUGGCAUCUACUCGCAGAACCGUCCGGAGUGGAUCCUGUUCGAGCAAGGAUGCUACUGUUAUUCGCUGGUGGUCGUUCCGCUGUACGAUACACUCGGUCCGGAUGCGUGCGCCUUCAUCGUCGACCAGGCCGAGAUGCAGGUGGUCGUUGUGGAGGACGACAAGAAGGUGAACCUGCUCUUGGAUAAGGCACCGAGAUCCCUUCGAAAGAUUGUGGCAAUCAAAGAGGUGCGACCGGCAACACUGCAGCGGGCAAAGAACGUCGGCAUCGAUGUGCACUCGUUCGACGAGGUGGAGAAGAUGGGCGCUAUCAACGAUCAUCCGGAGCUGGAACCGCAGCCGGACGAUCUGUGCACGGUUUGCUACACCUCCGGCACGACGGGCAACCCGAAGGGCGUGAUGUUAACGCACGCUAACGUGCUAUCUGGAGUGACCGGAGUGUUGCUACAGCUCGGUACACAUCGACCACGCGUUGGCGACGUUAUGGUGUCAUUCCUUCCACUUGCCCACAUGCUCGAGCGCUGCUGUGAGAACGGUGUGUACUAUAUGGGCGGCGCGGUUGGGUUCUUCUCCGGCGACAUCAAGGAACUGACGAACGACCUGAAAGCGUUGAAACCGACGCUGAUGCCGGCCGUGCCGCGCCUUCUCAACCGGGUGUACGACAAGGUGUUUGCGGAGGUCUCACGGUCUUCGGUCAAGAAACUGCUGUUAAACAUGGCACUCAGCUCGAAGGAGGCGGAAAUCAAACGGGGUAUCGUUCGACGGAACAGCAUUUGGGAUAAGCUGGUGUUCCGGAAAAUACAGGAGGGCUUCGGUGGCCGACUGCGGCUGAUGGUGGUCGGUUCAGCGCCUCUCUCCGACGCGGUGCUUGCAUUCUCCCGAGCCGCCCUCGGGUGUCUCAUCUGCGAGGGCUAUGGGCAGACGGAAUGUACCGCACCGAUCACCCUCACGGUGCAGGGUGAUUUCGUCGCGGGACACGUCGGCCCACCAGUGGCCUGUAACGCCAUCAAGUUGGUAGAUGUGCCAGAGAUGGAAUACUACGCUUCGCAGCAACAGGGAGAAAUUUGUGUCAGGGGCGCAAACGUUUUCAUUGGGUACCUUAAAGAUCCACAGCGUACGGCCGAAACGAUCGACAAGGAAGGUUGGCAUCAUACGGGCGAUAUCGGACAGUGGCUACCGAACGGUACGCUGAAGGUUAUCGAUCGCAAGAAGCACAUUUUCAAGCUAAGCCAGGGCGAGUACAUCGUACCGGAGAAAAUCGAGAACGCGUACAUCCGCAGCCAGUACGUGGAGCAGGUGUUUGUCCACGGUGAAAGCCUAAAGAGCUGCAUAGUGGCAAUAGUGGUCCCGGACGUUGAAGUAAUCAAGAGCUGGGCGCAGGAGAACAACAUUCCCGGCACGCUAAGCGUACUGUGCAACAAUCCGGACGUCAAGCAGCUCAUCCUCAACGACAUGACUCUCUGGGGUAAAGAGUUUGGGCUCAAGUCUUUCGAACAGGUUAAAGACAUUUACCUGCAUCCGGAUCCAUUCUCCGUGCAGAACGGUCUGCUGACACCGACGUUCAAGUCGAGGAGACCGCAAAUACGAAGCUACUUUGCCCCACAGCUGGACGACAUGUACAAACAUCUUGACUGAACGCGGCGAUAGUGCAGUGUCGGUGUGUACGAUUAGCUUAGGGAGGCGCGUUGCAUCAUGGAUGAUCGCUCAAUGACUAUGACUCGUGUCACAUUCGAUCGAUCGGGAACGAUCGAGAGAGAGAGAAAGAGGGAGUGAUCGAUAAACUAUCAAUAAGACCGCUGCAGGCACGGUGAUUUAAUGGUUACUUAAAAGGCUCGUCCUCGUUGUUCUUUAUCCUCUCCCCCUCCCCAUCCCAUAUUAGUAUUGACAAUUAUCUUCGGAUCGCAUAGGAAAAGUUUGUUAGCGGAGUGUGGAACUAGGAACGAUUAAUAAAAAACAAAAAAACAAGAAAACUUAACUACAAUGCCCAAAAGUACCAUCUAUUCUGUUGUAAUGCCGUGUUUUGCGUGCGCUCGUGUAAAAAUCCUGCUAGAAGCAUCGUAAAACACACGCUAUAGAACCACGCUUCUUUUUAGCCACGCGCACUUGCUGUCAAAUAUCACGGUAAUCGCAAACGAGAACAGCUACAAUCUGCACUCACACAAGAAAAAGUGUUGAAGAAUACUAGGGAAACAAAAAACUAGGUGCAUGAUACUUAGGCAAACUGCUGUUAAUUAAAACACGAACGGUAUUUAUUGAAAAAAAAACACACACACACACUCACUUAUGUCGCUUUACUAAAAGUUUGUCAAUUUUUCAUAAUCAUUUAAACAUAGGGGAAAUGUUAUAUCCAAAGGAAUACGGCGAAACGAUUGAAUAAUAUCGGCGAAGCUAACAUUAUUUCAUCCAAAAUAGGUCGCUAGUUUUUAGAUUUAAUUUACUCUUUAUAGGAAUUCCAAUUGAACAUAAUCCAAAUUAGACGCACGGCAAACGCGGUUAUCGUUGCAACAUACCCACAUUCGGCACUCGCCGGUGGUGGCCGGUGUGGUUCCUCUGUACAAACGCCGUAAAGAGCACUAGCCUCCGCGCUCCGUGUGAGAAUGAAUUACGCUUGUUGUGUUUAUGAAACCGAAAUGACUAUGAAGACUAUACCCGACCUCCUCUGCGUCCAGUAAAACCUGGACCUAAGACUGUUGUGGCAAAUUGGAAAAGGAACGAGGUGUGUGUGCGGGGGGGUGGGAUGCGAGAUGGAGUAAACUGUGUUCCUUAAUUCACGUUGGCGAGAAAACCUUUCUUUUGUUUAAUGAAACUCUAGUCAGAAUGAGCAUUAAAACCAGAUUAUGGAAGGAAAAGAAUGUAGCAUCCCAGAAAACCUCACACCUAUGGCGUUCUAGCGUUCGUUUUAGUUCAAUUCUUGUUUGGAAAGUUGGCUAAGUUUUUUCUAACGUUUACCUACCGUCGACCCCCUUUUCGGUGGGUGGGCGAUUUAAUAUCUUAAUUUAUUACAUUAUCCCACACCGGAGCUCGUGCGAUGGGCAUGCGAACGAAACCGUGGCAAGCGACAAUAUUUACGUAUAUCAAUAAGUGGUAUUAUUCUGAAAUAUGCUGAUGGUCAUACUUUCUCACACGGUUUGGGAAUGAAUUGCGUAAUGGACGCCGGCAAAGUAGUGUUGGGCAAUCGAUGGCGUUAGGUUUUAGGUUUUCAUUCACUAACGUUGCGUUGUGUGAAGAGUUCUGGGUGAAACGAUAGAGCAAUUAGCAAGCGGAUGGUAGGUAUUAUAGGGGAUGAUUGCACAAGGAGCAUUCAUCGUAAAUUUUACCAUUAAAAAAUUUAGUAGAAAAAUAAAUUACAAAACACCUGAUGAGCAUGGAUAGGUA